UGUUCAAGAUUAUGUAGCCAGAUCAUGAAAAAGGAGUCAUUUGGUACGGGAAAAUUAAUCUUCUUUUGGGUCCGAACUUUCCGAUCGGACGACAAGUGGGAAAUUUUUAUGUUAGAUUUGCGUAGCCUGGCAGGCUCCCAUAUCAAGAGCAUAAAUUCCAACGCCCGCCCGCCCGCCUGCCGGCCUGCUGCCGCCGCUCUUCUCCUCCCAUUCCGUGUGGUUUUUAGUUAAAUCUUCCUCUCCUGGUUUUGAUCGGUUCGACUUUUGGCAUACUCUCUUUUCGCCGUCUCCAACUCUCCCUCCUCGUCAGCGUUGGAGAGAGACGAGCGCGAUGAAGGUACUGUGCGACGUGUGCGGUAAAGAGGGCGCCUCGGUGUUUUGCUGCGCCGACGAGGCCGCUCUCUGCGACGCCUGCGAUAGGCGGGUCCACCGGGCGAACAAGCUUGUCGGCAAGCACCGCCGCUUCUCGCUCUCCGCGCCCUCCGCCCAGUCGCACCCGGCCUGCGACAUCUGCCAGGAGAAGCGGGGGUUCUUGUUCUGCCAAGAGGACCGGGCGAUUCUUUGCAGGGACUGCGACGCGUCCGUUCACAGCGCCAAUCAUCUCACCAUGAAGCACAAUAGGUUCAUCCUUACAGGCGUCCAGCUUUCCGCCGCUCCCAUGCCCCCCUCUCCCUCCCCUGAGUCGGUGGCGGAGGUUAAAACUAGCACCAAAUCCACCGUGCCAAAGAGCAAUCAGAAUAAGGCCUCGGUUGCAGACGGUUCCACGCCCAUCGCUUCCACAAGCAGCACCACCAGCAGCAGCAUCUCGGAGUACUUAAUCAAAACAUGUCCGGGCUGGCGCGUGGAGGACCUGCUGGUCGACGAUCCGGCCUUCGGAGUGGAAGAUUUCGCCAAGGGCGACGAGUUGCUGCCAUUCCUGGAGGCGGAUCUGGACAGCGGCGGGCUUGACGCGCUGGCGGAAAAGUUCCCUGUCUGGGCGCCUCACGUGCCCCAGUACCCUCCGCCGCCGGGUCUGUCGUCCGCCGCCGACGGCUCCGGACACCACCAACCAUGGCGGGGGAGCAAGGAGGCGGGGCGAGAGCGGUGGAGCGAGGACGUGUUCACCGUGCCUCAGAUCUCCCCUGCUUCGACUCCCAGCAAGAGGCCAAGGAACUCGUUUUGGUACUACUGACGUGGUCCUUCCUCUUGAGCCCGCCGACCUUUAGCUCGCUUAACUUGUACUCUCGCUUCCCAGACCCUUCGUCUCGUUGGCCUUCAAUCUUUGGAUCAAGGUUUAUGCCAUAGGGAGCUUGUUUUGGCUGGUGCUUCGGCAUCUGGUGCAAAAACUUAAAUUGUUCCCCAUUUCUCUUAGAUCUUCGAUUCAUGAGUUAGCAAGAUAUUUACAAGGAGAGCUGCUUUCUGA